CAUUGCAGAAUCCUAAGUGUCCAGGGACACUCUUCUAAAGAACCUCUCCAGACCUUCCUACAGGAGACCAUGGGGAAGACAGUGGCCAUCGUCGGAGCUGGGAUCAGUGGCUUGGCUGCCAUCCGGUGCUGUCUGGAAGAGGGGCUGGAGCCCACCUGCUUUGAAAGGGGCGAUGAUGUUGGAGGCCUGUGGAAAUUUUCGGACCGCGUGGAAGACGGCAGAGCCAGCAUUUACCCGUCGGUAUUCACCAACUCUUCUAAAGAGAUGAUGUGCUUUCCAGACCUCCCACACCCUGAUGAUCACCCCAACUUCAUGCACAACACCAAGAUCCAUGAAUACUUAAAAACAUUUGCCCAAAAGAAUGACCUUUUAAGAUAUAUACGGUUUGAGUCCCUGGUUUGCACUAUAAAGAAAUGCCCCAGCUUCUUAGUCACCGGCCAAUGGGAGGUUGUUGUGGAAAAGGACGGGAAGCAGGAACCGACUGUGUUUGAUGCUGUGAUGGUUUGUUCGGGACAUCAUGUAUACCCCAAUCUGCCAAAGAAUUCUUUUCCUGGCCUAGACCAGUUUCAAGGUCACUGCCUUCACAGCCGGGAAUAUAAGGGACCAGAAGCCUUCAAGGGGAAGAGGGUCCUCGUGAUUGGCCUGGGGAACUCAGCAUCUGACAUUGCUAUUGAGCUCAGUCGCCUGGCUACACAGGUCAUCAUCAGCACCAGAACUGGUUCGUGGAUUCUGAGCCGGGUUGCGGAUAAUGGCUACCCUUGGGACAUGGUGUACAUUACCCGCUUCGCAUCCUUUCUCCGGAAGGUCCUUCCUUCUUUUGUCUCUGACUGGUUACAUGUCAAGAAGAUGAACACACGGCUUAAGCAUGAGAACUACGGCCUGAUGCCUUUCAAUGGCACCCUGGGGAAAGAGCCUCUGUUCAAUGAUGAGCUCCCAUCGUGCAUCCUGUGUGGCACCUUGUCCAUCAAGCCCAGUGUGAAGAAGUUCACGGAGACCUCCGCCAUGUUUGAGGAUGGGACCGUGUUUGAGGACAUUGACUUCGUCAUCUUCGCCACUGGCUAUGAUUUCGCCUACCCGUUCCUCGAUGAGUCCAUCAUCAAGGGCAGAAACAAUGAGGUCACCUUGUUUAAAGGCAUCUUCCCCCCGCUCAUGGAGAAGCCAACCUUCGCUUUGAUUGGCUUUGUCCAGUCCCUGGGGUCUGCCAUCAUCACAGCUGACAUGCAAGCCCGCUGGGUUGCUAAAGUGUUUGCAAACUCAUGUUCCCUGCCAACUACAAAGGAAAUGAUGGACGAUAUUGAUGAGAACAUGGAGAAAAACCUCAAAUGGUUUGGCCAGAGCCAGUCUUUGCAGACAGAUUACAUCACAUACAUGGACGAGCUGAGCUCCUUCAUAGGGGCCAAGCCUAACAUACCAUGGCUCUUCCUGACUGAUCCCCAGCUGGCCCUGGAGGUGUACUUUGGUCCUUGUACCCCAUAUCAGUUUCGACUUAUGGGACCAGGGAAGUGGGAUGGAGCCAGAAAUGCCAUCCUGACCCAGUGGGACCGAGUACUGAAACCAACCAGAACAAGAGUUGUCCGUGAAAUUCACAGACCCCGACAUCUUUACAAUUUGCUUAAAAUGUUUUUAUUCCCGCUGCUUCUCCUGACUGUUUUGCUUAUAUUUUAUUAGUGAGAAAGUUCUUUGGGUCUCAGAGUUCAGCCUAGAACUCUAAUUGCAGACAUGCCUACACACAUAC